UUAACCUACAUGGGCUAGCUGAAGAAGAAGGGGACCAACUUGGGAAGAAAGAAGAAAACAAGGAGGGCUAAACAAGGAGAAUGCAGAUCUGAUCGAGAGGGGUAAAAUCCCCAGCCAUCUUCUUCGAUCCCCUUAGGCCUGGCAUCUCUAUCUCCCUCACCCUACUUCUCCACCUCCGGCCGCCGCCACGGCCAGGCCGGCGUGGUGGUCUGCCUCCCACCUCAUCACCAUCUCCAUCCACCACUCCCCGAAACCAUCCAUCUCCACCGUCCGUGCCAAGCACCACCAGCACCACUCCAUCUCCACCGCGCCUUCACCAUCACCUCGCGCGCCCUACCAGACGCGGUGGUCUGGUGCCUCGCGCGACCUCUCCCUCCAGCCGGCGCGCCUCUCCCUGCUGUUUCCCCAACUUCUUCUUCCCUUUGCUGCUCCUCCACCUCUCCUCGUCCCCCAAACUGCUUGCUGCUUCUCCUUCUAUGAACCCUUGCUGCUACUGCCGCUUCUUCUUGCGCCCUCCGUUGCUGCUGCUCUCUUCUCCCACGUCUUUGCUGCUGCUCCUCUUCUUGCGUCCCUGCUGAUUCCUCUCCUUCCCCUCGCUGCUGCUCCUCCUUCUCUCCAAAACUGCUGCUGCUCCCUCUCCCAUGAACCUGCUGCUGCUCUUCUCUCCUUGCUGCUCCUAGUUCUUCUCUGAACUAAAACUGCUGCUGCUUCUCUCCUCUCUUACUUCUUGCAAAUUUCUGAAAACUGCUAGGUGAACCUUGUGUAAUAUUCAGAUUUGUGCCUUGAGAUGCUUAUGUAAUAUUCAGAUUUGAAGUGUACUUGCAAUCUGCUGUUUGCUCUGUUUAAGUACUUGUAUAAUAUAGUGUAUGUGUUUUGAGAUCUGACUAGUUGAGGCUUUGUUACUUUGAGAGAUACUUGAUCUAUCAUAUUUUGGUUUUGUCAAUUGGUAUUCUGCUAGUAUGUGUGUGUGUGUGUGUGUGUAAUUCAUCAAAAAUAUUGUUGUGUGCUGAUGAUUAAUGUCCAGUUUACUGUUCCUGCGAUAUAUACAUAUGUGUGUUUGUGAUGUGAUACAUAUAUACCUGUGAUUUUAUUUUGUAGUGAGACUGCUCUUUGUGAAGUCAGAGGUAUGAUUGUUUUUAAUCUCAAGUUCAAUGUGCUAGCUAUGCACCAGUGACAUAUGUGACAUGUAUAUGUGAUGUGAAACAAUUGUAUGCUGUCCCUAAUCUUGUUCCUUCUGCGUGUCUUAUACUUGCUAGUUUUAUAUACAUAUAUGUGUUCUUGUCUUGUUAGUUCCCUUUGUUGAAGUUGUCCCCCUGUAGUUUUUAUUUCUCAAGUUCUAGGAAAACACCAAAAAGAUAGUAAGUAAUAUCUGAACCUCCCUUUGCUAUUUUGCAUUUUCUUUGUGGAUUAUCUUCGGGAACAAUCAUUGUUAGUUUAGAUUCUUAUUUUCUGCAUUUAUCUCUUAAAAUUGUGCUUCCUAGCUUUAGCCGAGCAUAGUCGUCGUCGCCUAGUCCCUGUGGAGAACACGACAUCCGUAGUUUGGGGCGUAAAAACCCCGCUAUACUUUCAAUUGAUCAUUUUGGCGCCGUUGCCGAGGACUAGCGUCGAGCGUUUGUGUGAGGCUUUAGACUAGGUUUAGCUUGUUUCCUUUUUGUGCUUUAUAUAUUUGUGAUAUAUCUCUAGCCACUAACCCCUGUUCUAGUUAGUAUCUUUUUGUCUUCUUUUCCUUUUUGCAGGUUGGAUUAUCCUCUCGGUUAUGGCUUACUAUUCAGAUCAUCAGGCUUAUGCGAGCAACACUACAAACAACACGAAAAGUGUUCAAGAACUGAUAGUAAUCAUAUGCAGGGAUUUAGGUACAAUGAGGAGAGCCACAACUAUGCACCACAACAAUUCCAUUCAGCUCCUACUCAUAUACCACAACACCAGGAGAUGUGUCCAAUGGAGUUAAAUGGUCCUCCAUUUGGUCAACCAACAACUCCAGCACCUGUUGUGCAAUCUCUUGUGCAAGUGCCCACACAAGAUGAGUUAGAUGACAUAGACAAGCUCACACUUUUGAGUCUCGAGUUCACUUGGAGUGCCGAGGAUGAUCCUAUUAGGAAGGUUAUACUAGAGGAAAUGAAGAAGAUUAAGAGUGGAAAGGAGCUAGUGGAAGAAGUAAGGAAGAUUGAGAAGAACAUCAACGCUGGCAGCACUAUUUCUUCACAACUUGAGUUGAGUGUGGCUGAGAUAUCCAUGGAUACAUGUGAGGUUCCAACACCUUCACAUUUCGUUGAGCAAGAUAGCAAGUGCCUUGAGCAAGAGAUACCUCAGAUUGUAGAAGAUGAACUAGAAGACAAGGAACAAGAUGGUCAAGAGCUGCAAUUCCCAAGUGAUCAAGUUGAAGACUCAUCAUCUAUUACUCCUGAAGAAGUACAAGAAGCUGCUGUAGAUGAAGAUGAAGAACAUGAGAUUCAUUGGCCUAUUAUCAUACAUGAGCAUGAUGUGUCAGGUUUACUCAAUCCUCUUGAUGACAUGAUGCCUUGUGAUUUCUUUGCUACUACCUUGCAUUACAUGAUACCAUCACUUAAGAUUGAUUUGAAAAAUCAUUUACUUGGAUAUGAUGAUAUAUACCCUGUUAGUGGCAUUACUCUCAUUUGUGAUGAUCAUAGUUACUUUCCUCGUGCUAGUCCUAUGCUAAAUGAAACAUAUCAUUCCCAUGCUAGUCUUGAGCUUAAUGAUAAAUAUCAUCCUCAUGUUAGUGUUGACCUUGCUGAUUUCUACCAUCCUAAACAUGUGCUUUAUAGCUAUGCUUAUGUAAUUGGAUAUUCGAUUGAUGACUUGGAGGGUAUUAUCCCUACCACUUGCAUUGUCUCUUUGGUUGAGUGCUCUUUCAGGUUGUUGCUUGUGCACGAUCCACUACAUGCUGACCAGGUUCGAGGUGACAUUCCUUGGGAUCCUGGUGGAGUCAGAGCAUGGCGAUGAGGAGAAGCAAUGGGGCACACAUAUGGAAGAGUGAAGCUGGAGCAUCCAUGAGGAAGCAAGGGAGAAGAGCUGCAGCUGGUGAGGUGAUCGAGCGAGUGCUACAUGAUCAAAGCCCGGUGAGCUGUUUCAUGACCCAUUCCUAGUAUACCAUCCAUUGAUACACGCUGAAAUCAAAUGUUAUUUGGGUUGCUUAAGCCAUGUCUUAAAUGUUGCCCCACUGAAUUUUACUUGACAUAUGGUGCUUGAUGAGAAUAUGUGAACUGAGUGUUGAAUGCCUGGUAAACUAGUGAUCUAUACAAUGCUUGCUUUGCUGAAAGUAGUGGAAGUUAUUAGUUUUGAGUGCUCAAAUCCCUAGUAUACUAGAAAACUUAAUCAUUUUCUGCUUUUAACUCGAUACACCUAGAUCACCACGUUUAGAUGCUGAAUUUGUGCUAAGUGUGUUCCCAUUGAGAGCAAUCACCUAACCACUAUGGAUUAGCAUGCUAUGUUCCCUGGAUCGGUAGCACGUGAACCAGACAUGGAGAAGUGAUGAUUCCUAUUUCUGUGCUUAUGUGUUGUUCAUUUAAGAUAAGUAAUAAUGAAUAAAUAAGUCUGACUACCUACAGUAGCAUGUCAUGUUCCCGGGAUCGGUGGCAUGUGAAAUCGGGUUAGCUUGGGCAGUAAUUAAUAAUAAAAAAAUGUAAUUGUCGAACCAGGUGUAUACCAUGUUCUCGGGAUCGGUGGUAUGUUCCUUUGGGGAGACAAACAAAAAAAAACUAAUAAUUGGUCGAGCCAGGUGUAUACCAUGUUCUCGGGAUCGGUGGUAUGUUCCUAUGGUGAGACUAAUAAUAAUAUAAUCAUUGCUUUAUCUCUGUAAAUAAGUGAUUUGAUCACAAGAUUUAAUUCCAGUUCAUUUUGUUCUUGGGAUCAUGCUCUCUUUAGGAACCUUUGGCACAAUCAUCAUUUGAACUUGUUGAUCCACUUUUAUCAUUGUAAAAGUUUAAAAUGAUUGAGUCUACUAGUAUCCUACUGCUUUGAAGCACUCCUGACCAUUGAUUUUCACUAGCAAAGUUCAAAGCAUGCUUUGUUUGGAGAUCUACUUCACUUGGCAUUCUCUAGUCAGCUCACUGUUCACAAUCUUGCUCUUGUCAUGUUUCUUUGCUUGAGGACAAGCAAAGAUUUAAGUGUGGGGGAACUUGAUAGAGUAUUUCCUCAUAUAAUAUUUUUAGCCUUCUUGCAUCAAAUUGUAAUUAUAUUUUCACAUUAUUUACUCGAAAGAUAUUCAAAUACUCAUAUUAUGUCACAUUUACAACACUACUCCAUCUUUUGCAGAAAAGGGCGAUAAGGCCCAAAUCCUUCUAUAUUGGAGUGUCUAAGAGGUUGCGGUUGCUGCAUUUUGCAGAGGGACUCGAGUGUGAAGAAGAAUUAACCUACAGGGGCUAGCUGAAGAAGAAGGGGACCAACUUGGGAAGAAAGAAGAAAACAAGGAGGGCUAAACAAGGAGAAUGCAGAUCUGAUCGAGAGGGGUAAAAUCCCCAGCCAUCUUCUUCGAUCCCCUUAGGCCUGGCAUCUCUAUCUCCCUCACCCUACUUCUCCACCUCCGGCCGCCGCCACGGCCAGGCCGGCGUGGUGGUGCGCCUCCCACCUCAUCACCAUCUCCAUCCACCACUCCCCGAAGCCAUCCAUCUCCACCGUCCGCGCCAAGCACCACCAGCACCACUCCAUCUCCACCGCGCCUUCACCAUCACCUCGCGCGCCCUACCAGACGCGGUGGUCUGGUGCCUCGCGCGACCUCUCCCUCCAGCCGGCGUGCCUCUCCCUGCUGUUUCCCCAACUUCUUCUUCCCUUUGCUGCUCCUCCACCUCUCCUCGUCCCCCAAACUGCUUGCUGCUUCUCCUUCUAUGAACCCUUUCUGCUGCUGCCGCUUCUUCUUGCGCCCUCCACUGUUGCUGCUCUCUUCUCCCACGUCUUUGCUGCUGCUCCUGUUCUUGCGUCCCUGCUGAUUCCUCUCCUUCCCCUCGCUGCUGCUCCUCCUCUCCAAAACUGCUGCUGCUCCCUCUCCCAUGAACCUGCUGCUGCUCUUCUCUCCUUGCUGCUCCUAGUUCUUCUCUGAACUAAAACUGCUGCUGCUUCUCUCCUCUCUUACUUCUUGCAAAUUUCUGAAAACUGCUAGGUGAACCUUGUGUAAUAUUCAGAUUUGUGCCUUGAGAUGCUUAUGUAAUAUUCAGAUUUGAAGUGUACUUGCAAUCUGCUGUUUGCUCUGUUUAAGUACUUGUAUAAUAUAGUGUAUGUGUUUUGAGAUCUGACUAGUUGAGGCUUUGUUACUUUGAGAGAUACUUGAUCUAUCAUAUUUUGGUUUUGUCAA